GUUACCUCCAGUUUGGUAUCAUUUCAUGCGGACAUCAUUUCCACAGACGAGCUUCACAGCAUGAUGGCGUGGAAGCCAAAUCUGGAACAAUGAGUCACAAAAAGAAGAAAACCCGGGCUUCCUUCGGGGCCACGGCGCCUCCCUUCAUCGACUACCUGAAAGAAAUCCUACAUCGAUAUCCAGACGGACAAAUUUUGAAGGAGCUCCUUCAAAAUGCAGAUGAUGCUCAAGCCACAAAAGUGGUUUUCGUCCACGAUGAGAGAAGUUAUGGGACUGACAGCCUUUGGACCGAUGAACUACGAAAAUACCAAGGUCCUGCUCUCUAUGCCUACAACAACGCCGCGUUCAGUGAUGACGACUGGAAAGGAAUUCAAAUGGCUGGAAGGAGUAUCAAACGCAACGACCCGACCACGGUGGGGAGGUUUGGAAUCGGCUUCAACUCUGUCUACCACACGACAGAUGUUCCGGGCAUAUUCAGUUCAGGACAUCUUGGUUUGAUGGAUCCCCAAGAAAAAAUAUUUGGGGAGAGAGUUGGAGGCUGGCAGUGGUCUUUGGACAACACGGAAGACCAAGAAGCUCUGAUGACUCUGCAUGAUCAAUUCCAACCCUUUCGAGACAUAGUUUCUCUUGUAAGCGGACAGCAGUGGUCUAAAGUUGUCAUGGAGGAUCAGCACUUUGACGGGACACUUUUUAGGUUCCCCUUACGCCACGAAGCCUCAGAAAUUUCAGAUAAUCUUUAUGAUUCACAUAAAGUGGCUGAACUCUUCAGUAGCUUCAUUGCAGAUGCAGAAUUAUGCCUCCUCUUCUUGAAAACUGUGACGUCGGUGUCUCUGAUACACAUCGAUGUGCACGGCGUUGUUACAACCAAACUCAAAGUCAACUGCUCAGUUCCCACUGAAGUCACUGUGGAGUCGGAUGCCAACUCGACGAUUGAAAGCUUGACGAGGUUCAAACUGAUAACCCUCAAUUCAGAAGACCGCAAAGAAACAAAGUGGCUUGUGACAACGUGCACCAUGAAGGAGGGCACAGUGGAGAAUCUGGACCUCCUCGCAAAGAAGUUGAGCUUUUUACCUCGAGUUGAUUUGGCCUUCCCUUGCGGUGACCGGAGAGACUGCAGCGAGAGUCGACUGAGCUGCUUUCUCCCUCUCCCAAACAACGAGGCCAACAAGACGGGCCUCCCAGUGUAUGUCAAUGCAUGCUUUGGCCUCACUGACAACAGAAGACACAUCAAGUGGCGAGAAGAGGACCAAAAACAUGACGAGCAUGCUCUGUGGAAUCACCUGCUCAUGAAAGAAGUACUUCCGUCUGCGUACGUCACUAUCAUCCAAGAUGCCAUCAAACUGGCCCAAGAAUCUGUUCUCCCAGUCUCUACUGUGUAUGACUUGUGGCCUGACAUUGGCCAGGUGCAGCACAAAGGCGAAUGGUACGCCGUUGCUCUGGAUGUUUUCCAUCUCCUAUUCAAACGGAACGUGGCUGUUCUCUCUCUUGCGACAGAUGAAAGGCAGUUCGUCACUCCAUCAGAGGCUGUACUCCCCUGUAAUGGCCCGGCCAGCGUCGACAUGUUGUCUGCCAUCAGGAGGACUUUGGUUUCCUUCGGAGAAAAUCUUGUCACGUUAACAGCGAGUGUUGGAAAGGCCAUUGCUAAAGCGUACCCACAAGCUGCAGCACUGACACAAGUGACUCCAACUUUCAUCAGGGACAUCCUCCGCCGUAAUGAUCUGCGAAACAUCGAUAAAGAGGACAAACUCUACCUGCUGGAAUACGUUUUGGGGGAUGGACAAUACAAUGAGCUGAAGGGUCUUCAGCUGCUUCCAGUCAGUGAUGGUUCAUUCAGAUCCUUCACUGACAGAGAGGAGGACACUGCUUUAAUUGACAGCAACACUUUUCCAAGACACUUGCUGCCAUUCUGCGAACACCUCUUCAUUCCAGAAGACCUGCGUUCAACAUGCAGAGACAGGCUGAUGGAUGUGGCCAGAAAGAAAUUAUUCAGGGUCAUCAACAUUGAUGCAGUUGAUGUUGCUGAAUAUACAAGAAGGUUUUUGCCACAAGACUGGAAGCAAGCUGAGGCGAAGCUUGUUAUGUGGGACACCAGCAGCAGCCAGCACCCGCCGUCGGACUGGCUCCGGAAAUUCUGGACGUUUCUCAACACACACUUCGAUAAGCUAAGUCGCUUCACUGGAAUACCACUAAUACCCAUCAGUCCAUUGUCAGUCAGUGAGCCUGUAUCGCUGGCAAAGCUUCAAGGCAACACAACUCAGAUUUUUCUGAAAAGUAAGCACAGCAGUUUGCCAGAUCAAAUAGCUCAGCUGGUGGAAAGAUUUGGUGGCACUGUCGUGAGAGGCAAUGACUGGCUGAAGCACGAAGACCUCGACUCCUAUGUGUUGUGUCCAACGCCAAGGAGUGUCAUGAAGGUGUUGAUGAAUCUGGAUUGUCAGCAUGUCAUCAGAGAACUUGAAGCUGUGUCUCAUACAGCCCGAGAACAGCUCAAAGAUUACCUGUCUCAUUUGGAGUGUCUUUCAAACCAGGAGAAAGAUUGGUUUUCAAAGUUGCCUGUGUUUCAAACUGUGAAAGGGAAAUACGUGGCAGCCCAGUCGAAACAAGCUGUCCUUCAACUCUCUGAACUAACACUACCACCAGAUCUUCCAAUGCCCGAUUCAGUCAUCCUUUGUGCCUCUGAAGUGGAUCGGAGACUGCUACAGCUCCUCAGUGUUCAUAUCUUGGACACGGCCGCGGCGGCCAGUGUCCUGAUUGACUGUAUUGAGAAGAAGUCUUGUAGCAGCAGAGACACAGAGAAGAUAAUGACCUGGAUUUUACAGCAUGGCAACAUCAUUUUCUCUCAAAACAAGGCCUUGAAAUGCAGAUGUAAGGACUUGAGAUUCAUUGAAGCAAAUGGACAGCUGAAGAAGUCAUCAAACUUUUUCGACUGCAGAGUUGAAGCAUUUAAAGUAAUUUUUGAGUCAGACUACUUCCCUCCACCUGUCUAUACUCAGACGCCUCAGAUGUUCGAAAGCUUGACUGCGCUUGGAUUACUAAAUAAAGAAGAAGACGUGUCACCGGAACAUUUGCUGCAUGCCACACGAGUAAUUGACAAACUGAGUGUCAGCUCUCAUGCAGAGGCCCUGAAACGAGCUCGAGUUCUCUUGAAAAUGUUGAAUUCCACUGAUCUGCUGUCAAAGUUUUCUGGUGAACAGCUUCAUUGUCUCAAAAUGUUGAAAUGGGUCCCAUGUGAUCUUCUUCCUGCUGUUGACAAAAGGCUGCUCAAUGACCAGUCUCAGAGUUGUUGCCUCUUCUGCCCUGAAGAAAUAAGACACUCAAUGUUCAAGGACAUUGUUGGACAUGCAAUGCCCCUGGUGGAAAGCCUCAGUAACAGCGUAAGCAUCAAACUUGGUCUCAAAUCCCUACCUCCACCUGAAAAAGUGAUGGAGAACUUGUCAUUCUUGAAACUAAAGGCACAAAAAAUGCAUGAUCCCAAUACGGAUGUUGAUUUCAAAAAGCAGUUGCAAAGCAUUUACAAACACAUGCAGGACAAUCUUCCUGUGUUUGUAACAUUGAUGAACAAGAAAACUCAGUGGCUGUGGAACCACGAUGACUUUGUGUCCCCACAUGAUCUGGUUCUUGAGUAUCCACCCAAUCUGGAUCUGAGCUCUUACAUCAGAAAGGUGCCAAAGGAAUAUUUGCCAUUCAAGAAGUUGCUUCUGGAAUUUGGCAUGAAAAUGAUGCUGUCGACUGAUGAAAUCUGUCGCAUCCUUUGUUCCAUCCAACAAACCAUUGAAACAAGGCCACUGCCAUUUGCCACUUUGUCUGAGGUGAGAGUGUCAAUAGAAAUUCUGAACUGGCUUUGGAGAGAGAAGAAAGCUGUUGAUGACGACAUCCCAGUGCCAGUUAUCAUUGAGGGUGAGCAAUUUAGCCUUAAACCACGGUCGACAGCAGUCUUCUGUGAUAUAAGCAAAAAUGGGCUAAAAGAACUCCAGUAUAACCAAGAGGGAAUCUAUGUCAUACACAGUGAAAUUCCCAAAGCAACAGCUGAAUGGUUGAACAUUCCACUUCUCAGCACUUACAUCCUUGAUCCAGAGAUAGUGGGAAUCGAACAGUGUGGACAAUCAGAACCCAUCACGACAAGGAUUAAAAACAUCCUUAAAGAGUAUGAUGAGGAAAGUGACAUUUUCAAAGAGCUUAUUCAAAACGCAGAGGAUGCUGGAGCAGACACCUGUAAAUUCUUGGUGGAUUUCAGAGUACACAAAGAUUCCCCAGAUCGUCUGAUUGAUCCUGAUAUGGCUCUUUGUCAGGGACCUUGCCUCUGGGCUUUUAACAAUGAGAAGUUCACCGAUGAGGAUUGGAAAAAUAUUGUCAGAGUUGGCUCUGCUUCUAAGGAAAACAACAUGGAAAAAAUUGGAAAAUUUGGCCUUGGAUUUAAUACAGUGUACCAUGUGACAGAUAUCCCUUCCAUCCUCAGCGGGAAUUCUCUCCUCAUACUUGAUCCAAAUGUCACUCACCUCAAGAAGCACAUCAAGCACAAAUCAAAUCCUGGGAUCAAGCUAAAUCUUUCUCAACAGCGACUUUUACAGUGCUUCCCUGGUCAGUUUGGACCAUACGAACGGAUUUUCAAGUGUCAUUUUUCCAGGUCAGGUCCUCCUCAACCCUAUCCAGGCACUCUGAUCAAACUACCCUUCAGAAACGAAGAGGAGGCCAACAAGUCAGAAAUCAGCCAAAAGGUCUACCAGAAACAUGACAUUGUCACUUUUCAUGAGCACUUUACCAAGAAUUCACAAACUCACCUGCUUUUUCUUAAGAAAAUUGAUACACUGUCCCUACAGAGUAUCUCAAACAAUGUUUCAACUCCACCAAGAGACGAUGAAAUAGAAACCCUCUUCACUGUUUCCAAAACUACUGUGAGCGCAAUGAGGGUUCCUGAUGAAACCAGUGUGUCAAAGCAGUGUCAGGCUGAGAAAUUACUGAUGAAAGAAGAUCAGAAAUGCCAAGAGGUAAUCGACUGCCGUUCAAUCAAAGUCGUGCAGAUAACCACUCAGAAAUCAGGCGAACCUGAAGUCCAGUCAUGGCUCUUGUACAACUGCUUUGGGACACAGCAGGCCUUAAAAAUGGCCCUUCAGAAAAACAAACAAGCCAAGUUCUCUUUGCCCAUUGGUGGGAUUGCUGUGCCCUUGCAAAACAAUGCUGAAACAGGAAAACUGUCGCCAUUAAAAACAGAUCUCAUUGGACAAGCAUUUUGCUUCCUUCCUCUUCAGAUUCAAACUGGUCUCCCUGUCAAUGUGAAUGGGACAUUUGCUGUGACAAGCAACAGGAAAGGUUUGUGGGAAAGUGGAGUGAAAAGUGACUGGAAUAAAGCUCUACUUCAGGAUCCUGUGGUGUCGGCAUAUGUGGCUGCACUCUUGGCACUGAAGAAAAUGUCUGAAAAUGAACAGCUUGAGACUUACAGAUAUUAUGACUUCUGGCCUGAUAGGGAGAAAGUGAGUGCCACCUUUAGGCCUUUGGUUGAUGCAUUUUACUUCGUCCUUUCCCAGAAUGCAGAUGGCCCAGAGCUCUUCAGUGACGGAGAACAUUGGUGCUCAAUGAACAAUGCCAUAUUUCUGCACGAGAGCAUUGAAAAGAAUGAAAAGAUUGGGGCACUUGCAGCAGAGAUGUGCAAGAAAUUUGUGAAAGCUCCCAAGUACGUUGUUCCUCUCCCACCAUGGUUGAGAAAUACAUUCAGAAACGCUGGCCUUGAGAAAGUUUUGCAAGACCAGACAUGGAACUGGAAAAAAUUUUACCAAGAAGUCGUGUUUGAUAACCUCAAGUCCAUGGACCAAAAAAGCAGAGAUACUCUGGUAUUGCAUGCAAUUGAUCUUCAUGUCAAGGAAAUGGACAGUUUGCUCCUUCAGUAUCCAUGCAUACCCACAACAGAUGGACAGCUCCAGUAUAUCAACAAGCUUGUGAAUCCAUCUGGAAGCGUGUCCUGUUUAUUUGAACUGGAAGAUGGCCGCUUGCUUGGCGGCACCAAACAAGAUUUCUGCUCUCCUAAAAGGAUUCAACGCUUACUGGCACUUGGAAUGGCAAAUGAUGAGCUCCCACUGGAAGACAUUGCAGACAAAGCAGGCACUGUAGCUACAACCUGGAGUGUUGACCGUGGCAAAGCAUAUGUGCAUCUGAAAUGUCUUCUUGGGCUGAUGAAGAAGCACAUGGACGAUGAAAGCUCUCCCCACUGGAAAAGACUAAAGACAACUGCCUUCCUGCCAGCCUUUUCCCCUGGUGAUACAAAAAUGAAAAAAAGUGUCAAAUUGAAAAGGCCCACUGAGGUAUUCAGUGACAAGUGUGCACUGCUUGUGAACAUGACCCAAUCCGUCCUUGAUCACACUAAACUGAAAAUCCACAGCCUGGAUCCAGUUCUGCAAAUCUUGGGAGUUUGCAGCCAUCCGGAGUUGGACACUGUGCUUCAUCAGGUGAAAGAAGUAAGCAAACAGUCGCUGUCAACUGACAGGUCUGAGUUCCACAACAUAGCAUAUGCGUGCUACAAGUUUCUCAAUCAGUGGAUUGAGGAUUUUGGUGAUGAUCCUGUAAUUUCGGAGUGGGCAAAAUCAUUCCCAUUCAUCCUCAUCGGGAACACGUUUGUAGACGUCAUCCGUGUAGCUGAAAAUGAACAGUUUCAAGCAAAACCGUAUCUCCACGUGCUUCCACCAGCUUUCACUAGUUUUGGAAAACUCUGGGAAAGUGUCGGCGUGGAAAAAACAUUCACAAUCAAUCAGUAUCUAACUGUUCUAAAGGAGCUGCACACCCAACAUGGAAAUAAAAGGCUCCCAAAUAGUGAUUUAUCGAUUUGCGUCACAAUCUUAAAUGCAAUCCAAAAUGCUAAAGAAAAACCAACCUAUGACUGCCUGGUACCCAAUGAGCAGGGGGUUUUACAACAUGCAAGUGAGCUGUGCUUCAAUGACAGUCCAUGGAUGCCUGUUUCUUCAGAGGUGACGUUGUGUCAUGAGAAAAUCCCACGUGUUCUGGCUUGCCACUUUGGAAUCAAAACAACAAGGCAUCAUACUCUGCAAAGCCAUGUGGCAGAAGACAUUUCUCCCUUUGCCUUUCAGUUUGAGCAAAAGGAACAACUGACUGUUCGAAUUAAAAACAUCAUUUCAGCAUAUCCAGCAAAGAAGGAUAUCCUGAAAGAGCUCAUCCAAAAUGCUGACGAUGCAGAGGCCACAGAAAUUCAUUUUGUUUGGGACAAACGACAUCAUGGCAAAGAAAAAACCUUUGGGAAGAAGUGGAACCACCUGCAGGGCCCAGCACUGUGUGUUUUUAACAACAGAGUGUUUACUGAUGAUGACCUGCGUGGCAUUCAGCAGCUGGGAGAGGGAGGAAAACAGAAUUCUGCAGGUAAAACAGGAAAAUACGGAGUUGGCUUUAACUCUGUUUUCCAUUUGACUGACUGCCCUUCAAUUCUCACCGGAGACAAGAAGCUUUGCAUUUCUGAUCCCAGUCAAAAAUACAUUGAAAGUCAUUCUGGCAAACCACAAUCUGGUGUUGGUUAUCAUCUCCCCGACACUUUCAAGAACAUGUAUAUAGAUGUCUACAACUCCUUUCUUCCAGACAAGUUUCCUCUCAAAGAUGGCACCAUGUUCAGAUUGCCAUUGAGGAUGGGGGCAAAUGCAAACAGCUCCAAAAUAUCAACACAGGCAGUGACUGAGAGGGACAUGGAAGAGCUGUGUUCUGCCUUAUCCGAGGACCCAGAAGGCCUCGUUCUCUUCCUGACAAACAUUCGCAAAAUAGUUGUGCAUCAAAUCAGUGAUCAAUCAGGAACGCUUGAAACCAUAUACGAGGUGAAAAAAACUGUGCCAAAGAAAAACAAAGCAGAAAAAGAAGCUUUUGCUAAAUAUCUUCGGCAGGCACUUCAACAGUCUGAUGAACCAGUUGCCCCACACAAGGCUUUUUAUGAAACUGUGAUUUCCACAUCAGAUGAAAGGCUAAGUACCUGGAUUGUUGCAGAACAGUUUGGCUCAUUCAAAGAUGGAAAUACAGGGAAGCUAACAGGCAAACUACCCCAAGCAGCAUUGGCAGCACGAGUGAAACUGAAAGCACCACAACGCAUUCCCAAGGAAUGGGUUGUGGACAAAUUCAGUGGACAGUCUUUUUGUACACUUCCCUUGCCAGGGCAAACUGGAUUGCCAGUGCAUAUCAAUGGAAACUUUGAGGUGGAUGCUGCUAGGAGAAGCCUGUGGAAAGAAGAUGGGCAAAGCCUGAAAACAAACUGGAAUGAGACUUUGAAACAAGAUGUCAUUGCCCCACUGUAUGCAGAUCUCCUGUAUCACAUCAGAUUAAGCAUUUCAGGUGAGAAGGUUCCUCACGGAAGAGCUGAGUUGAGUUCCUUCCUGUGCUUUUGGCCAACUGUGUCCAAGAACGUGGGCAAAGAUUGGCAUGAAAUGAUACAAGAGGUGUACAGAGCAGUUAAAGACAGAAGACUUAAAGUGAUCCCAGUGAUGAGGACCUCAACACGAACAGUAGCAGGCGUAACACUGAAAGAGUGCUCCUAUGAAUGGUGUGACAUUAGUGAAACUGAACUAACCAGAGCUCUUUACCUGACGCAGUCAACAAAUGACUUGAUUAACCCCAUUUUGGAAGAUCUUGGAAUGAAACUGGUUCCUCAAUCUACAUGCAUGGACAACAUUUGGGCCAGUUUCAAAUCUGCUGGUGUUGAAGUGAAAAAGGUCGGGCCCAAGACUGUGCGAGACUUCCUCAGGACAAGACCUCUCAAUGAUCCCACCCAAACAGAUGAGGGUUUGCCCUUGCCCAUAACUGCCACUCUGAUCAAAGAUAAGAAAAGAUGUUCACAACUGCUGAGUUUUUGUCUGACUGACUUCAACGACUUGAAAACGAUCACCAAAGAAAAUUCCACAUUGCUCGAUGGACUUCCACUUCUUCUCACAUCAGAUGAAGUUUUGAGAGUGUUCAGUUCCACCUCUCCCAAGAAAAUCUCAAUAUAUGGAGAUAUUUUUCUGAACUACAAGGAUCAGUUUGCAGAUUAUGAAACCAACAAAAGACACUUAGAUCUCUUGCAGACUUUAAACCUUGUCACACAUCUGACAAUUCCCCAUGCUGUACAGUACAUAAAGCCACUCAUCCAGGGUUUUCUCACGGAGUGUGAAAUUGACCCACGCACUGGCCUUUGUGUCCCUAAUGAGGGGAUGGUGAAGUGGCUCAAGUAUCUGUGGAGGUUCUUAAUUAGUGAACUUGAACAAAAUAGCGAUGACAAGCCAAGUCAGACUUUAGGUCAUGUGAGAAAGCUCCUCAGCGACUGCUGCAUUGUACCUGUUGUAUGUCCAAGAUUAAAGAACAAAUGCUUCCUUCAAACAAUGAAAGAAAUGUCAAGUGUCAUUCCUUUGCACUUGGAUCGAGAUGUCUCAAGCAUCCUCUUUAAACUGGGCUUCAUGAAACUUAACAGUGCAUUCUUCUCUGAUUGCAACAGACAAGUCUUUUCACAUUUACGCUCUGAACUCAUGGAUGUAAAUGACAAAAACUCAGUGUUGGACCAGAUCUACAACAUUUGCCCAUCAGAGUUUUCCCACCUCACAAGAGAUGAGAUGAAAGAACUCCAAAACUUCCUGCAGUCUGGCGUGUCCAAGGACAAAAUCAGCGAAGAGUAUAAGAGGAAGCUCAAGUCUUUACCAAUAUUUGAAACAAGCCAUGGAACACGAGUGAGGAUUGAUGGACCAAAUAAUGUAUUUGUCCUCAACUGCAAGCGUGCACAUGAAUAUCCAGAUUUGUUCGUCCCACCUGACAGCAAAAGCAUUUUUCUCAAAGAUAGCCCAGAGAAUGUCAAUCUGGCACAAAUACUGAAACUUGAAGUCCUGAGCGAUGAAGAGUAUUUUAUGAGGUUCAUCCUGCCUGCCUCACACAGACUCACUGAGAGGCAGCUUGUUCAGUGUCUCAAGCUGUUGCUGUCACUACAUUUGAAACCAAAUCAGUAUGAUGAAGUCAUCUCAUCACUGAAGACAGUGAGACUUAUUUGCAGUUCCCAGGGUAGAUUGGAGAUGGCCUCCUACUACUUUGAUGACAGUGUGGCGCUUUACAAAAAAAUGUUGCCCAUGGAGAAAUUUGUUCCAACAAAAUUUUGGGAUGAUCUGUGUGAUAAAAAUUAUUUGAAACUAAAUGGGGCAAAAGACUUGAUCAAAAAACUUGGAAUGAAACAUGCUGUUUCUAGGGACGAUUUAAUCAAUUUUGCUCACCAGUUGGAGCAUGAAGCAGAAGGACACAGCAAUUUUGAGGAGUUGAAACAGAAAUCAUCAUCACUUCUUCAAGAAUCCUUGAAUUAUGUGGCAAAAAACAAAGAUCAAGGGUUGCUGCAGAAUCUAGCAGACAUCAAGUUCAUUUUUCCUGAGAAGAUUCGAACAGAGUUGCAACACUAUCACCAACCAUUUGCAGCAGAGAGAACGCCUGUUAAAAUGAGAGGAUCUCUGAUUUCAAAAGAUACUACAAAUCAAGACCUGAUCUGGACUUCAAUGCCAAUUAUAGCAGUAAAUGUACAGCCCAACCUCAAGGACAUGAUGAACAAAGUUGGAGCUCACGAGCAGCCACCUUCGCACUGUGUGACCACAAACAUGAGAAACAUCUGUCGGUCACAGUGUAACACUGACCAGCUGGUCAAAACCCGUGCUAAAGUAUUUCGAAGUUCAUAUGCCUACCUGCAAGCAAAUGGGUUUGAAGAACAGCAACUAGCCGAUAUCCCCCUUGUUUUGGUUGAAAAAGACACUCAGCUUCUGAAAGCAAAUGCAGCUUGUUAUGCUCUCCCUAAUGACCUUGAUUUCAGGCCAUAUUUGUACAAAAUUCCUUCGCAAGAUGUCCGGUAUGAGGAGUUCUUCAAGAAAAUUGGUGUGGAGAACGAAGCUACUGUCGUGCAGUAUUGUAAUGUCUUGGCAGAAAUUCAUGCUGACUCCCAUGACAAACAACAGUUACAACCAAAUCAACAAAAAACGGUCAAAAGAGCUGUUGAGCAGUUGUUCAAGUCAAUCCAAAAUAAAGGAAAUCAAGCUCUCGUUGAUGAGGUGAAGAUUUUAUAUCUUCCUGCAGUCGAUGGCAAAUUACACCAGUCAUCCACACUCUUCUACAAUGACACAGUCUUUCAGGCAAAGAGACUUGAAGACGCCCUGGAAACCAAGGUUCUGCUCCUUGAAAAACUCAGCAAAUGCUAUUUGGGAAACGACACCUAUGAGCAUCAUCAGCUGCUGCAAUCCCUGCCUCUGAAGUUUCGGCCAAAAAUGCUGUCGGGCUUCACAGAGGAAAAAGCAGUGGAAGAACUCAUGGAGCUCUGCGAGGUCGGGGCUGGCUGUGAGUUCAGUGGAUGGUUCGAGAGACACCUUUCCUCUGCAGAAUUUAAAUAUGGACUGAUAUGUCUCAUCAGACAGCAAUCUCAGGGCAAGAUAACACAAGAAGCAGCGACUGACAUGUGUGAUAAAACCUUUGGAAGAAUUCAUAUUGUCUGCUGCAAAACCCUGGAAACUCAGCUGUGGAUGGACGAAGAGGAAUUGGACAAAACUGCCAGUAAAACUGACGUUUUUGUGAAGAGAGGAGAACCGGGAGGUUGCCUCUUUUACUUAAAACACAAUGAUGACUUGGCUCCUAAGGUGUUGAAUGAAGUCAAUAUGAGCUUGACAAAGGAGAUCAAUAGUCUCUUGGGAAACAACAUUUCACCAGCUCACCUUCCAGUUCUUGGACAGCUCUUGAUGUGCGAUGACCUGCAAGAUGUUCAGAAAACCUUGGCUACACAUGGGAUUCACGAAAGUACUGAAGCUGAAAGCAUCCGCCUGGAUUCUCCAGACCCUGGGACAGAUAUCCCAGAAGAAUGGCAUCAUUCCUUGGACAUGGGCAUCCUCAACAACUUUGAAGAAGGGGAGUUUGUUGGCUACAGCAUGAAUGGGAAGUAUGUCUAUGCAGUUAUUGUUGAGGAAGUUCCUGGACACUCUGGGCAACUUUCAAAGAGAUACAAAAUAGAUAUUGGAGAACCUGAGCCAAUAGAAGUCAGCUGUCUCGACCUCUAUCAGUUCAAACGAGAAACCAAGCCAAAGCCAGAUGCAUCCUGCAUGGAUGUGGUGCCUCUAGCAGGAACUGUGCCGCAUUAUCCUCCACAACCAGCACAUCAUUUGCCAGCUACUGUUGAAGAAGCCAAACGGGAAAUUGACAAAUGUUUGGCAGAAAUUUGGACUCUUCCUGAGGCAGAGAAACAAAAAGCCAUCAAGAGACUCUACCUGAGAUGGCAUCCUGACAAAAACCCUGACAGUGAAUUUAUCACCACGGAGGCCUUCAAGUAUUUGUUGAGGCGGCUUGAGGAGCUGAAGAGCGGGACCAUGAGACAUGGCACUGCAGGCGCAUCCUAUUCAAGCAGAAACUCAGACUUCUCACACUACUACUCAGCGUGGGACCAGCAGGCCAGGAAUGACAGGAGCAGUCGACAGAGAUUCUCGAGAGGCUUCCAUUUCUACAACUUUUGGGCUCGUGACAGAGACGUUCCUCGACCCGACAAGGCGGAGGCCCAGCGCUGGUGCCGACAGGCCCGCUGCGACCUCAAUGCAGCCUCCCAUGACACCUCCACAGGAAGCACAGAGUGGUGUCUGUUUAAGGUCCAUCAGGCAGUGGAGAAGGCACUCAUCGCCGCAGGGUACCGACGAAACGGCCGACGCCACACGGCCGGCUCGAUCUCAGCCGCUGCGGUGCAAGUUUCCCGUUUCAAUCCCGAGCUGAGAGAUUUGCCCCGGAUUGUGGGAAUUCUGACAUCUCUGGGAGUGGACCCCAAAAAGACUCAGUAUCCCAGCUGCCACUCGUAUCCUCACAUUCCCAACACGCAGUUCAAGUCAGAGAACGAAGUGGUGGCGCUAGACCAAGCGUCUGAGUUGCUCGAUAAAGUGGAGGCAUAUUGUGAAUUAAAGUAAAAAAAGAAAAAAAAACUGACAUCUGCAUUGUGAACAACAAAUUGUAACCACUUUUGAUUUACAUGUUUUUUGGGCUGCAAACAAUGACGUAGAAGUCCUGCUCUAGAUGGAGCUUUGCACAAUUGAACAGCUUUAUUUCAGUUUCUCUGUUUUGUUUUUUUUUUGGUUUGUUUUUUUCCAGAAGGAUUUCAUUAAACUAAAUCUUGACUUUGGACAGAUUGUAUUCUUGGAGUAAAGAUGUGAGCCUUCGUUCUGCUUAUUCAUGUUGUACUGUUACAGACAUUCACAGCUCCUGCUUUGGUUUGAUGUCAUUAACUUUAAUUUACUAAUAUUUCCAGAUUAAUCUUAUCACGCUGCAUAAUAUCAAUCAACAUGAUCAAUGUUUGUCUUGUAUCAAAUAAAUUAAGUUAACAUCUAGAUUUCUAAUGAUUCUGUAUAAUCACUAAGUGAGAAGGUAAUAUUCUCUGAUGUUACUUCAAAAUGUUAUCUAACGCAGGGCAGCUGUAUUUAGUUUUCCUCAUUUAUAACUUCCAACUCAGGACCACAGACAGGUUCCUGUGAUGAUAAAACCAGUUUGAGUACUCACUGAAGUCCAAUGGAAAAAUGCUGAAGUUAUUCUUUGUUUAGAAAUAUAUUGUUACAUUUAUCAUUCCUGAAGAGCUGCUGUAAUCAGUGGAGUCACGGUUUGUUUGUAUUCACAAAGUUACUGUCUACGUUUGUACUAAAAGGUGAAUUUUCAUUUGACUUAUUAAUUUCUUUUUUUUUUAACUUAUCACCUUAUCAGAAUACAACGUUGAAGAAAAAAAUAAAAUCAAACUGCAA